AUGGAGCCAAGAAGACCUCUGCAACGGGACAGGUCCAAAGCCUUUUAUGAAGGUGGUCCUGACGAGCAGAGCCUCUUUUGUCCCGGGUCUAAACCCACACCUGGACCUGGACCUAGUCCCAGAGCUCUGUCUAUGAAGAGCGACAGCUCCAAAAACAUUUUAGUAGAGUUCAGUGCAGAGCAUCAGGAGGAGCAGAGGUCUGUGAUGAGUGACAGCUCCAAAAACAUCAUUGUUGAAUUCAAAGAAGAGCAUUCUGAGGAGCAGGGAGACCCGGGCCGCCAGGAGCCGCUGGACGACAUACUGCGGCGUCUGCAGGAGGACGUCCUGACUUUUGUCAAGGAGCAGCUGCAGAUGAUUUGCCGACUCCUGGCCACAGAUUACCCAGAAUUCUCUGAGCAGAACAGCAGAGAAGUUCUGAGCAUCACCAUGGACCAUCUGAGGAGGAUGAAGCAGGAGAAGCUGGUGCAGCGUCUGGAAAGACGAAGCGCUGUUGGAGUUUGUAGAGAUGAACUGAAGAAGCAUCUGCAGCAGAAGGUUAGCCGAGUGUUUGAGGGCGUGGCUAAAGCAGGAGACUCCGCCCCCCUGACCCAGAUCUACACAGAGCUCCACAUCACAGAGGGCGGGGCCUCAGAGGUCAACCAGGAACAUGAGUGGUCGGCUCUGUCCUUUGUCUUGCUGUCCUCGGAGUCAGAUCUGCAGGACUUUGACCUGAGGAAAUAUCUGGCCUCAGAGACAGCUCUCUUGGUUCUGCUGCCCGUGGUCCGAGCCUCAACCAAAGCCCUGCUGAGAGGCUGUGGACUGUCCCCUCGCAGCUGUGGUCCUCUGGCCUCAGUCCUCAGCUCGUCCAGUCUCACACAUCUCAAUCUGAGUAACAACGACCUCCAGGACUCAGGGAUAGAGCUGCUGUGUUCUGGACUGAAGAGCCCCCCCUGUGGACUGCACACUCUCAUGCUGUCUGGAUGUCUGAUCUCACAGAGGGGAGGGGCUGCUCUGGCCUCAGCUCUAAGCCCCACCCCCGACAAUCCAAGCCACGCCCCCUCCCACCUGAGAGAGUUGGACCUGAGCUACAACCAUCCAGGAGGUUCCUCAGAGCUGCUGAAGGCUCUACAGGACGAUCCACACUGCCCCCUGCAGGAACUCAGAUUGGAUCCAGCUGGAGAACAGUGGAUGGUUCCAGGUCUGAGGAAGUAUUCCUGCGAGUUUUUUCUGGAUCCAAACACAGCUCACAGGGACCUCCACCUGUCUGAGGACAACAGGACAGCGACCAAGGCCCGAGAGGAGACGCACCGGCUGGACUCUGAGGACGGAGGGACCGAGCAGGUCCUGAACCAGAGUCGGGUCCUGAGCAGCACUGGCCUGAGGGGGCGCUGUUACUGGGAGGUGGACUGGUGCGGCUGGAGGGGCAUCGACAUCGCAUUAGGAUUUGGAGACGACCACCGCUCCUGGAGUCUCCGAGUGUGCAAUGGGAGCUACUCUUUCUACCACAACAGCAAAAAGACGGUUCUUCGGAUCCUCCCCUCCUCCUUCGCUCCUUCCGGUCGGGUCGCUGUGUUCCUGGACUCCGAGGCGGGGUCUCUCUCCUUUUAUCUGGUCCGAUGUCAGGGGAAUCUGCUGCACCUCCACACCUGCACCUCCUCCUUCAGCGAGCCUGUGUUCCCCGGGUUUGGACUGCGGUCUGAGAGCUCGGUCUCUGUGGUGGAUCUGAGCAGAGCGCCCCCUACUGGAUCCAAAUGA